AUGACGCUCUAUUCGACGUUUCAAAGAAACCAUGCGUCAUGGGCUGGAGAAAGACAGGCAAUGUCGUCAAAAGACACUUCCUCACAGUGGGAGAAAAAAACACAGCCAAGGACCAGGGGGGCUGCAUCUGCAAGAAGUGCAACGGCAACACACUGCACUCUGCAGCAAAGCGGAGAAUGCGACAGGGCGCCUGGCGCGGAUAAUGGCGGUGGGCGAUGGACGGCUGACGGUGGGAUAGUGGGGUCCUUUCUUUUUUUCUUCGUCCUUCCCGUCCACGACUGUCCUCUUUUCUCCCGGUCUCUAUCUCUCUUGUGGAUGCUCUGA